AUGUACUACUUAUACGUAUAUAUACACCUUCCACAAAACCGUUUCAAAUACCACACACCCCACCUCCAUUAUUCAGAAUCUUCCUUUAUCUCUUUCAAAACGAUGCCUUCUUCACUUCUCAUAAUUCUCCUCUUUCUCCUCUCGAUCUCACUUUCCUCAGCUAAAACCUACAACAUCCUCUCUUACGGAGCCAAACCAGACGGUAAAACCGACUCGACCAAGGCCUUAACCGCCGUGUGGACCAAAGCAUGCGCAUCGGUCAAACCGGUCACCAUUUUGGUCCCCAAGGGACGGUUUUUAUUAAGAAGCAUUGUUUUUGAUGGUACCGAAUGUAAACGAAAGUCAGUCACGGUGCGUAUCCAAGGUACACUUGUGGCUCCAUCGGAUUAUCGAGUCAUUGGUAAAGAAAGAUAUUGGAUUUUGUUCCAGCAUCUCGACCGCCUCGGUGUCUACGGCGGAGUUCUUGACGCUCAGGGAGCUUCUCUAUGGUCUUGCAAAAAGUCCGGCAAGAACUGCCCGAAUGGUGCCGCGAGCAUAGGAAUCGAGAGCUCAAGGAACGUGGUGAUCUCAGGGCUGACAUCACUUAACAGCCAGAUGUUUCACGUCGUGAUUAACGGCUGCCGUAACGUAUUUAUCAAAGGAGUCAAAGUUUGGGCUGACGGGAACAGUCCAAACACUGACGGCAUCCACGUGCAGUCAUCCUCCAGCGUCUCUAUCCUCAACUCCAAUAUCUCCACCGGCGAUGAUUGUGUCUCCGUCGGUCCCGGCACUAACGGCCUCUGGAUCGAAAACGUCGCUUGUGGCCCCGGCCAUGGGAUCAGCAUUGGGAGCUUGGGAAGAGAGAGUGUAGAGGCAGGUGUACAAAAUGUAACGGUGAAAACGGCGACGUUUACGGGAACACAGAAUGGGCUGAGAAUAAAGUCAUGGGCCAGGGCCAGUAAUGGGUUUGCUAAGAAUAUCCGUUUUCAACAUUGUGUUAUGAACAACGUACAGAACCCUAUCAUUAUUGACCAAAACUACUGUCCUGGCAACCAAAAUUGCCCUAACCAGGUUUCUGGGAUAAAAAUCAGCGAUGUAAUGUUCUUCGAUAUACACGGGACAUCAGCGACGGAAGUGGGAGUGAAACUUGACUGUAGCUCUAAGAAUCCGUGUACCGGAAUUCGAAUUCAAGACGUGAAGCUGACGUGAAGCUAACGUACCGCAAUAAACCGGCACUAGUACAUCGUAUCCAUGCUGGAGGGACUAAGGCUGGGUUUCAACGGCGGAACAAUUGUCUAUAACCACACAUUUGUCUUGGGUCUUUUUUUUAUUCCAUUUUUAUUCAUAAAGUACGGUACAAAAAUUAAAAGAUGAUCAAAUAUUAUAAACAAUAACCCCAGAUUUUGUAAAAUAGUCUCAAACUUAUGAUUAUGUAAUUUGAUAUUUGUAUUUUCUAUAUAUGAAUCACGUAGUGUGCUAGUGUUGACUCAGGUCAUGGCAACACCACUACACUACUAUUACUUAUUUUCAAGAUUUCUUUAAAACUGAGAGUUUGUGUGGCUCAGCUCAUGUGAAUCCUAAGAGUAUAGUGUUGUCGCAUCACAAUCACAUAAUGGAGCAAGUAGAGUUAUCUACUGGCUUAUAUACAUGAAACGUGUGGGAUUUUAUUAGUCUA